AUGUCUAUUGAUAACAAGGACGAAACCAACACUCCCGUCCAGGAGCCUCCCCAGUCUGAGCGCCUCUACAGCACAGCAACACCAAUCCGUUUCGCACCCCGUGGUGCCCGCGCCAACAUCACCGACGGGAACUUGAUCAUGCUGGACCCUCGCCCCGUGCAGCAGUGGCAGCUGGACAACACUGAAACUCGCGUCGAGGAGGUUGCUUCACUUGCGAACGAGACUGAUCGUCGGCUCAACACCAUGCAGGGCCAGGCUCUGGCCACCGAGAUUCUUCGCGACGAGGUUAAGAUCCUCCGUAUCGAAAUGGAGGAUGUUCGGAUCUCUGGUGAGAAGCGCGUUGUGAGCCGCCGUGCCGCCUCGAAGGUCAUGAAGCUUUUCUACGCCAUCAUCAAAAUCGCUCUUAUCUACAUCAUCUCGGUGAUUAUUGAGUACAUCUACCACAGCUACUACCCCGAUUUCUUCGAGCUUGUCGAUGCCGCCAUGGCGUCUUACUUCUAA